GCAGCUGCUCUCCCGCUCGCUCUCCUCGCUUUCCCGUCCAGCCGGACCUGCAGGUACGCCGGGAGCUCUUGGCAGCCGACCCCCGCGGAGAAAUGCCCGCGAUCCCGGCUUUCCCGUUGCGCCGCCGGCUCCCGCUCUUGCUUCUGCUGCAUUUCCCUCUCGCCCUCUGGAUGAAGAACGGCUGGGUGGCCGGCACAGCGGCGGCGGCGAUGAUGCCCGGCUCGUCUCCCCUGCCGGAAUCCGCCUUGCAGAAGCCCACCGUCUUCUUGGCCAUCCUCGCCAGGAACGCUGCCCGCUCCUUGCCCCAUUUCCUCGGCUGCCUGGAGAGGCUGCGCUACCCGAAGAACCGGAUCGCCGUCUGGGUGGCCACUGAUCAUAACAUUGACAACACAACCGCCAUGCUGAGAGAAUGGCUGAAGAACGUACAAAAACUCUACCACUAUGUCGAAUGGAGGCCAAUGGAUGAGCCUCA